ACACUUAAUCAAAUCUUUGGGUAAUCUUACCGUCAACUAAAUUAUUAUUAUUACGGUAUCAGAAAAAAUGGAUUCCGUUAAUUCAGGCACGGAAAAUGAUAAAGGACAAGUACUGAACACAAGCAAGAAUCCUAAAUCAUUGAAGGAGCUAACAAGUUUGCCAAAGCCGAAACUUAAUGUAAUUCUGAAAGAGAACGAAUUAAGUACAAAGGGCAAGAGAAGUCAGAAAAUUACGGUUUUGGCUAAGAAGCUGCAAAUUGACUUACAUGAAGAUGAUGAUGAAGAUACAUUCAACCAGGCCUUACGAGUCGCACAGUCAUCAGUUAAGGGCUGGAAGUUUGACAGCAAAGCUAUACCAAGCAUACAAUUGCAAGAUGUCAGUUCGUUUUUAAUAGAGAAAAAUUGUGUAAAUGCUAAACAUUCAGUGAACUUUGAAGAAUACACCAAGGACACUCUUAGACGAUAUAAAUGCUUAAGGGGGUAUGAACAUUAUGCAUCAAAGCACAUACAUUCAUUUGAAACAAAUGAUGAAUUUUCCGAAAAUUACAUUGUUAUACGAUGUCUGUGUCAUCCAUCCUGGGAUACUUCCGGUACACAGUAUCAGGUAUACUUGGUAUUUAAUUCAAAAUUAAAUAAAGUGAUUGGAGCUAACUGUUCAUGUGUAGCAGGAAGAGGAGAGGCAUGCACCCACAUUGCCGGAGCACUCUUCACUCUGGAGGAUUUCACUAGCAGAGGCUACCAAACCCUAUCCGCAUCUACUGAUAUUUUAUGCAAAUGGAAUGAACCAAGAGGAACCAAGGUUCAACCUAAACCUAUCCAGGAUGUUUUGAUCGAAAAAAGAGGACCAAUGAAAGGGAAAAGAAAACGAAAAGAUCCAAAUUAUAACCCGAUUAAUCCCGCAAAACGUCAAGUCAACUAUGAAGCUGUGAAAAAGUUGAUUCAUACCUUAAACCUUAAUUCUAUAGAUGUUCCAUUUCUUAGAGCUGUUGAUCCAGAGAAAUGGCGACCAUGUUGGAUGUCUUACCCCCCAGCUAUAGAUGGACCAAGUUCUCUACCUGAAAUACUCGAUGAGUUUAGUGUUGAUUUAAUUCCGGCAUUGGAAGAGGAAGUAACAACGAACAGAUUCAUACCAACAUCAAUUUUAAGUUUAGUUAAGAGUUGCCGUUUCGAAAAUCCUAAAUAUUUGUUCAACGCUAUACGAUGGAGCGCUGAUGAAAUAGAAACUAUUUCGGAAAUCACGCAAGGACAGUCAUCUAACCCUAACUGGCAUCACUUCCAUAAAGGUUUGAUUACAGGCACCAUUGCCCAUGAUGUGUUGGUCCAAACAAGGAAAGAAGAAUGCAAACAAAAUACAUCAAAAAUUAUUCAUCAAAUUCUCCAGGGCAGUUUAUUCCAGGGAAAUACUGCAACAAAGUACGGAUUAGAUAAUGAGGCUGUUGCAGCCAACUCAUAUUUGAAUAAAAUUGCAGGAAACCAUAUAAAUUUUACUUUACAAGAGCAAGGACUAUUAUUGUCUGGUCAGUACCCUUUCCUUGGUGCAAGUGUGGACAGAAUACGCCACUGUGAGUGUUGUUCACCCUGUCUUGUUGAGAUAAAAUGCCCAUACAGAUUGCGCGAUAAGGAUGUUACAGAUUUAUCUACUCUAGAGUUCAUUACCGGUAAUACAAGUAAUUCAACUUGGAGAUUAAAUACAAACCACAAAUACUAUACCCAAGUUCAAUUAUACAUGGCUGUAACAAACAUAACUACUACAGACUUUGUAAUCUGGUCACCAAAUCAAACUGAAAUAAUUACAGUUCUUUUUGAUAUGAAUUUUUGGAAAAACGCAAUAGAAAAAAUUGGUCAUUUUUAUGAAUUCUUUGUAUCACCAGCACUUUUGUCUCUUAAUCACCAUGCUGCCAAUCAACAGAGAGAGGAAUUUGCAAAUGACACUCUACAGACUUGUGAAGGUAAAAGGUCCUUAUGUUCAGUUUGUAAAAUGUAUCUUCCAGAUAAUGUAUAUGAUAAUAAGGAAGCAAGUGUUUGUUGUGACUGUUCAUGUCAAUGUGAGAAAUGGUUUCAUUGGAAAUGUUGUGACUAUGAACCAACUUCAGUUGCUGACUGGUUAUGCAAUGAGUGUAAAAAUCAUUAAACCAUCUCCAAGUGUUUUUUUUUUUCUUCAAUUAAUUAAACAUAAAAAAUCUAUCCCAUGAAUUAUAAAUUAAAUGAUUAUGCAAUUAUAUACAGACCAAUAUAAUAU